CACGUCUCUGUUCCCAAGCCCCAGUAUUCGCAGGCACGAGAAGAUAGAUUUAUCACAUGCAAAAAAGGAAGGGAAGAAGAAAUAUUAGUGGGACUAUCCAAAUGUUCUUGUAACUUGUUACUUCUAUCCCCAGGAUUUCUGGCGUUUAGGUGAAGUGUAGAAAAUUAAAGGAAAUAAUUUUUCUAUAGCUAGUUAGCAAGGCAUGGCCGACAUCGAUAAGCUGAACAUAGACAGCAUCAUACAGCGCUUACUUGAAGUGAGAGGGUCAAAGCCUGGUAAAAAUGUUCAGCUGCAGGAGAAUGAGAUUCGUGGUCUCUGUCUGAAAUCUCGUGAAAUCUUCCUUAGCCAGCCUAUUUUGCUGGAGUUGGAGGCCCCUCUAAAGAUCUGUGGUGACAUCCAUGGGCAGUACUAUGAUCUGCUGCGGCUCUUCGAAUAUGGUGGUUAUCCACCGGAAAGUAACUACCUGUUUCUUGGGGACUAUGUGGAUCGGGGCAAACAAUCACUUGAGACCAUUUGCCUCCUUCUAGCCUACAAAAUCAAAUAUCCUGAAAACUUCUUCCUGCUCAGGGGAAACCAUGAAUGCGCCUCAAUCAAUCGCAUCUAUGGCUUCUACGAUGAGUGCCGAAGGCGCUAUAACAUUAAACUGUGGAAGACAUUUACUGACUGCUUUAACUGCUUACCUAUUGCUGCCAUUGUGGAUGAGAAGAUCUUCUGUUGCCAUGGAGGUUUGUCUCCAGACCUGCAAUCCAUGGAACAAAUUCGACGAAUUAUGAGGCCCACAGAUGUUCCUGACCAGGGCCUGCUGUGUGACCUUCUGUGGUCUGAUCCGGAUAAAGAUGUGCUAGGCUGGGGCGAAAAUGACCGCGGCGUCUCCUUUACCUUUGGUGCUGAAGUGGUGGCCAAAUUUCUCCAUAAACAUGACUUGGACCUGAUCUGCAGGGCACACCAGGUCGUGGAGGAUGGCUAUGAAUUCUUUGCCAAGAGGCAGUUGGUGACACUGUUUUCUGCACCAAACUACUGUGGUGAGUUCGACAAUGCUGGGGCCAUGAUGAGCGUGGACGAGACCCUGAUGUGUUCUUUUCAGAUUUUGAAACCAGCAGAGAAGAAGAAGCCAAACUCGAGCCGUCCAGUGACUCCCCCGAGGAACAUGGUCACGAAGCAGGCAAAGAAAUAAGACCAGCUACCAUUGCACUGGCUAUUUUUGGACAGUUUGCUGACUAUUAUGCUUCUUAAAUUUUUCAGUUACAGAGUUUUGCUCUUGCAUAGUGGUUGUAUGGAAUCCCUUAAAACUGUUGACAGUGUAGACUUUUUUUUUGUGUGUUUCUUCUCAUUUUUCCUCUCUAUUUUUAUAUUCCAUCUACUUUCCAACAUCGGAUAAGGGGGAAAAAAUAAAUCCCAACUGAAAGCCUUGAAAACUUAUAGAUGCACAUUUGUUAUUGCAGUUUUUGAUUUUAUCAUUUUGAUUUUAUAUAUGCAUAGUGGCAAAGCAUUCACACUCUUUUGACACCAGUUAAUGCAGGGAAUUUUCUAUAAUUUUUUGUUUGGCUCCCCAUGUACUCACUUAAUCCACUGUGAACAAAAAAUAUAUAUUCACUGUAUGAAUGAAAACAGUACAUGUCUGAAGUAAGAUUUCACAAUAGUUUUUGUUUGACUGUGCCAGAUUUGCUGUUCUAUCCAAUUGUAUUUUAAUAAAUGUUUUUGGUUUAUCAUGUUUUUGUUAGUCUUAAUGAAAACCAUAAAAUUAUUUAUGCGAAAUAAUUUUUUUGCAUUAUGUUAAAAGCUGAACAGAUCUAGCUGGGACAUGUAUAAUGAAACAGCUUAAAUCCAAACUCUACAUGUAUCGCAGUUUUUAUUUCCUUCAUUUAAUUUUUUUUUAUUUUACCAAGAUGCCUUCUUCGCUUUUUCCUUCACAAUUUAAGAUUUGGAAGCUGUUGCAUCAGGUAUGAGCAUGUCUAAAUAUACACUGCCUGGCCAAAAAAAAAGUCAACAUUUCGGAAAUGUCACAUUAUUGGCCUGCAUCAAGCAAAGAAAACAACAGAGGAUAUUUGAUAUUAGGUGUGUUGGGUUGAGAACUAUCCAAUGCAUUAAUAAAACUUAGUGGAAGAAAUAUGGCCAGAGACAAUGUUAUGGGGUUGCAUCAGGAUCUAGGCUCAGCAAUAAUGUGGCAAUAAAAUAGUCAGAUGACUAAAUAGCCAGGUUAUUCCAUCAAUGCACUAAAUGACCAGAUUAUUCAAUCAAUGUAUUUUAUUCUUCUCUGAUGGCAUGUGCACAUUCAUCCUGAAAAUUUUAUUUGUGAGUAAUUUGUCCUUAAAUUGAAAGCGUGAUUCUUGGAGCAUGGAGAACUUGCCACCACAUUGGCAUCAUAAUCAUAGCUAAAGUUGGUGCAAUGAAAUAUCAGCGUGUGACUAGUUUUUAAAAAUUUAUUCAAUUUUGGCUCGGCAGUGUAGUUUUCUCAUGGGGACAUUGUUGUUUGCGUUCUCACUCAGGGCAUGGAUGCUUUUGGCAUGUCUCUAAAUGAUGUAGCUUAAUACCAUGUACCACAAGUUUGUUUUAAAAAAUAUUUUGUCUCCCAAACCAGCUAACUUGUACAAAAAAAUUGUCCUGGCAAUAACUAUAUUUUCCCCAUCAUAAACAAUUGUAAUAACUAAUUUAAUAAAAUAUAAUACU